GACUCAGAAGACAUAAAUCUACAGCUUUUGUUAUUGUACUAGAACCAAAUAACUGCAUAAAGAUGCAAUUCUGCCAGGAAUUUCAUUCGGAGAUAACAUCUUACAUGUUUCGUCACUCGUCUGAAUCUGAAAAUUGUGAUAUGCGCAUAAAAUGCUUUGGUGUUUUGGUGUGCUUCUUUCUAAGUACUAUCUACAACGGUGUUUCUGGUGUUGCUCUUGGUGUUCUUGUUGUUGUAGCUAUUUCUCAUACCCUUGGGUAUCUAUUCAUCCUCUUUUUGUUUUUAUUAUCCUUUUCUGGCGCUUCGACUGGCUUCGCCCAGUAAGUGUUUAAGAACUUGUUUCUCCUAUUCCCUAGAUAAGUAAGACUUGAUGAGUUCCAUAUUGCCUUGAUGUGGUGGUCCCUGUUACCAAGAGCUUGCUUUACCAUUUCAUACGGCCGGGUUCCUUAGGGUACCAGGGCUAUAUUACUAACAGUUUUUUUGGUGUUCUCAACUUGUUGUAUCAUCAAAGACACUUACAUACGUUGGUUUUGAAUCAGCAGUGUUUGUGUAUCGC